UUGGUUUGCACUGUAGUUUCAUGGGAGCUUCCUCACCCUUUCAAUUUUUCCAAGUCUUUAAGUCAUAAAGUCUAAGUCAACUUAACGUAUCAACUUGGGAAAGUGGAAAAUAUCAUUGGUCCCUGUUUGCUUCAAUACUGUGCUCAUAUCAUGUGUAGGCUUAUUACUAAACUUUCUUAUUGGUUUGCAAAGAGCGAGUCUUGGUUGGGUAAUCAUUAGUUAGAGGAACACAAUGAUUCCAGUUCUUGGUAUCCUUUACUUCAUCUUUCUCCUCUUAAUAAACACCAUCUUGGCCGAUCAAGAACAAAAAUGUGAAGCCUCUGAUUAUUGUAGAGUUUAUCCCACCAACUCCGACAGUAUCCAUUCUGAGUGUGGGGUUUUGCCAUUAAAUUGUACAACAAAAACACUCUUAGACAGAGAGGGGGAAAGAUAUCAAGUUAGAAGUCUGUGGCGGAAUAAAACAGUUCUUAUUCAUGAUCAAUUUCUUCAACAACAAUUGAACUCGAAAAACUGCGAUUCCACUUACAGGGCUCCAUUACAUUAUUCUUCGAUUUUUUCUUCCGAGUUAAUAAGCCCUAAUCUCACCUUUUUCAAAUGCUACAAAAAGCAAUAUAUUAGUGAGGCUAUUGUCCGUGAACUUAGAAAAUAUCAAGGCUGCCGCGAUGAUCAGUAUGUUAUAUACUAUAAUUACCCAGAGCAGCUCAAUCAAUCUCAGAUUCAUCUUUUUCUCUCUUUCCCUCUUUGUUCAGUUGUUCACCUACCCUUAGUUCAUAACCCACGAUCACUUACCAACGAUAGCGAUCUGUUUUCUCUUUUUACUGCUGAGUUUUAUUGGAAAUGGUACUGGUCACGUGAGUGUCUGGAGUGCUCCAAAGGUGGAGGCCACUGUCUUCAUGAUAGUAUUAACCGAACAUUCAAAUGCGAUCCGGGGCCACGUCGAAACAAAAUUAUUAUAGGUGUAUGCGCUGCAAUUGGAGCAAGUCUUUUAACUGUCCUUGCAUUUAUCUUAUUCCGACGCUGGCGUCGGAGAAACGAUCUUCACAAAAAUUCAACCCUGAUAUCUCGAAGCAUCUCUCCUGAUCUCUCUAUGCAACCAGAUCCUGAAAAGGGAAGCUCUUACUUCAACACCCCAAUUUUUACCUAUAAGGAACUUGAAGAAGCCACCAACAAUUUCGACUCCUCCAAAGAACUUGGUGAUGGUGGCUUUGGCACUGUUUAUUACGGAAAGCUUAAAGAUGGGCGUGCUGUUGCAGUAAAGCGGUUAUACGAGAACAAUUGCAAGCGAGUUGAACAGUUCAUGAAUGAAGUUAAUAUACUAUCUCUCUUACGACACCAGAACCUAGUUUCCCUCUACGGCUGUACCUCACGCCACAGCAGAGAACUUCUUCUUGUUUACGAAUACGUUGCAAAUGGCACCGUCGCUGAUCACCUCCAUGGAGAACAUUCCAGUGCAGGCAUGGUUACUUGGCCUAUUCGAUUGAGCAUUGCCAUUGAAAGUGCUGAUGCAUUGGUGUACCUUCAUGCUUCUGAUAUCAUACAUCGUGAUGUUAAAACCAACAACAUACUCCUCGACAAAAACUUUCACGUCAAAGUAGCAGAUUUUGGGCUCUCCCGGCUCUUUCCAAAUGAUGUCACUCACGUCUCUACAGCUCCUCAAGGGACUCCUGGGUAUGUUGAUCCUGACUACUACCAGUGCUAUCAACUUACAGAUAAGAGCGACGUGUAUAGCUUUGGGGUUGUCUUGUGUGAGCUUAUAUCAUCGAAGCCUGCCGUAGAUAUCAACAGGCAUCGACACGAAAUCAAUUUGUCGACCAUGGCGCUUAAUAAGAUCCACGGUGACGCACUGCAUGAGUUGGUCGACAUGUCGUUGGGGUUCGAUACGAAUGCUAGUGUAAGGAAGACGGUGACAUUAGUGGCAGAGUUGGCCUAUAGGUGUUUGCAACAAGAUACGGAUGCCAGACCUUCUAUGGCAGAGGUUUUGGAGGUUUUGAAAGAAAUUGAAGUUGAGGGUUCAAAGGUGGUGAAACCAGGAGAAUUGACUGAUGAUGCCAAGCUAUUGAAGAAUUAUCCACCAGUAUCGCCAAAUUCAGUCACAGACAAAUGGGCCAGCAUAACCAGUACACCUAAUACUAGUUCUUAAGAUUUCUCUCCCUAUUUUCAGAUCUUAAUCGUAUUAUAUAAAUCUUGUAAUAGGUACUAUUAGUGUACUUAGAACACGAUAAUCAUCUGUUUGAUAUAUUUUUUCAUCUGUUUUGGAUUUCUAUAUAUCAUCAAUAUGAGUAUGUGCAUAGUAAA